AUGCACUCUUCACGACGUAGUGGCCCGGUUACCGAUUUACACAAUGCUCAUACAGUUUCAACGUUGAUGAGAGCGAUGACGACAUCAAAUUUAUCGCCACAACGUUCUCAUCGUCAUUCAUCUCGAUCAAAAAUAACUUUCGAUGGAACAUAUCCAGUUCGUUCAUCUAGUAUUCAUCAGAUCGAAAAUCGUGAUCGAGAUUAUGAACGACAUCAUCGUACAUUUGAUAAUGUUCGUUCAGCUGAUAUACUUUCACUUGAAAUUAAAUUGAAAAGUAAUGAGAAGGUCAUUGCUCAUCAAAAUGCACAAAUUGAAUUUUUACAUGAAACAAAUCGUACAUUAGAAAGACAACUUCAAGAAUUAACUGAUCUUAAACGUGAUUUAUCAAAUAAACAAUUUGAAGAACGUCUAAAAAAUGAUGAUCUUCUUCGAGAUCUUCAAGAUAUUGAUCGUCUUGCACGAAAAGUUCAAGCAGAUAAACAAUAUACUGUUGAUGCAGCUGAUAGAGAAUUAACUGAAGCUAAAAUGGAAAUUGAACAAAAUCAUCGUGAAAUGCAAACACUUGAUACUAGAGUUGCUCAUUUAACAACAGAAAAAAAGAGUUUAAUUGACGAUCUUGAAACAAUGAAAAGUCAAUAUACUGAAUGUAAUAAUGAACUUCUUCGUCUACAAGAUAUUGUCGAUCGUUUACAAUCUGACAAAGGUAAACUUAGUCGACGUGUUUCAAAACUUGUUCAUAACGAAAAAGAUUUACUACAAGAAUUACAAAGAUCUCGUCGUACAACAAAAGCUCCAACUCCAUCCGUAACUGGUGGAUCAUUAUCAAAAAAACUUUCACUACCAGCUCGACUUGAUAUACAUUUAAAAAAUACCGAAGACGAACGUGAUAUGUAUAAAAAUGAAGUAGAAAUUCUUCAAAAAUUACUUAAUGAUCGUUCUCGUUGUGCAUCAUCAUCAUCACCAUCACGUUUAAGAGGUCGAUCAUUAUCUCCAACAGCUGCUAUACGUUCAGCAGUUCGACGUGAUAUGGCAACAUCACCAGUUAUGCAAUUUGUAAAACGAUCAGCAAGUAGUUCAAGUGCAUCACCUACACGUUGUACUGUAUGUGGAAUAAAUCGACAUAAAUUAUCGCCAACAAAAGAUAAUAAUUCAUAUGAAAGUCAAUUGAGAAGUCUUGAAGAAGAACGAGAUCGUUUUCGACGAGAACUUCAUAAACAUAAACGAUCAUCAAAAGACAAAGAUUCUAAUGAACCUCAAUUAUCUAAAGUUCUACGAGAAAAAGAAGACUUACAAUUAUUAUUAAACAAAUUUGAACGGCAUAUGGCUGAAAUUCAAGGUAAUAUAAAGGUGCUCACGAAUGAACGAGAUAAUAUAAAUAUGCUUUAUGAACAAGCUAAAGAAGAAUUACAAAAAUCUCGUCAUGAACUUUUACAAAAUAUUCAGACCCCUAAAGUUUCCAUAGCUGCUCAAUCAAUUUUACGUAAAGUUGAAAGCGAACGUGAUUCAGCUAUUGUUGAAGCACGAACAGCAGGUACUGAACGAGAUUCUUUACGUGAACGUCUACGAAUUACAACCGAUACUGGAUUAACUGAACGAGCACGAAAUGAACAACGUAUUGAAGAUCUUGAAAUUGAUAUACGAAAACUUGAAAAUGAUCGUGAAGAAAUUCUUCGAGAAAAUCAUUUAUUACGUGAACAAAUUCGAGAUUUAACAAAUAAACUUGAUGAACGAUCUUUUACAAUAUCACAAUUAAAUCAAGAAUUAGAUGAUCAAAAAAAUGCAUCAGCACAAUUAAGAUAUUUAUCGGAAGAAGCUGAACGUCUUGUACAAGAAAAUCAACGACAAUUAAAUUUAAAAAAAGAUGAACUUCGUACUCAUGAAGAUAAAAUCAAUAGACUUGAAAAGAAAAUUUAUGAAUUACAAGAAACAAAUAAAGCAGUGAAAGAUGAUUUUCAUAUUGUACGUCAAACUGUUCAGACACUUGAUAAAGAAAAAGAACGUUUAUGUAAUGUAAUUGAUUUAAAAUCUGAAGAAAAUCAACGUUUGACACAAGAACUUAACUCAAAAAUACGUCGAAUUGAAGAACUUAAUAGAAUAGUCGCUGAAUUAGAAGUUGAAUUAGAUCGUUCAAAUGAUGAUACGAAACAAAAAUUAAAAGAACUUUCAAAUAUGAGAAUACAAUUUGAUAGAAAUCUUGAAGAAUUAAAUGAUUAUCGACGUAAAUUUGAUAUUGGUUCAAGAGAUAACAAACAUUUACAAGAUGAUUUAUCAAGUCUUAGACGAGAAAAUCAAACACUUCAUCAGGAACUUGAACAUGCAAUUGAUGAUAAAGAAAAUCUCAAAUUACAAGUACAAGAGUAUAUCAAACAAGUAUCAAGUUGUGAAAGUAUUAUCACACAAAAGGAAAAUGAUCGUGCAGCUUUAAUUGAACAAUAUCGUGAAGCUAGUACUGAAUUAAGUCGAGCAAAAAUGACAUUAACUGACAUCGAAUCACGUGCUAAUGAUCUUAAACAAGAAGUACAAAUAAAAUCAACUGAUGUUAAACGAUUAUUAGACCGUAUUGAUUCUCUUGAACGAGAUGUUCAUCAUCAUGCAUCUGUUAGUCAAGAAUAUGAAAUUCAAUUAUCAAAUAUGACACGUUCAACACAACGUAAUGAAGAAAUAAUAAAAAAAUUACAAUCCGAUAAACAAAAUUUACUAAAUGAAUUAACUAAUAGUCGAGACCAUAAUUCAUCAAUUGAAAGUAAAAGAGAACAAAUUAUACGACAAUUAACAUCAACUGAACAUGAAAAUGAUCAAUUACAAGCAGCUAAUAGUGAUAUGAAUGCUGAAAUUGAUAUGUUACGUACACAAAUAAGUAAUGAAAAAGCUGUUGUACAAAGUUUAGAAGAACUUAUUAAUUCAUUACGUGAAAAAGAAUUUCAAGCACAAAUACAUGUGAAAGAAAGAGAUUCAGAAUUACAUGUAGCAAAAGAUCGUGCUAGUAUCAAUGAACUUAAAGUACAUACUCAAAGUAAAGAAAUAGCUGCGUUACGAACACAAAUUAUUGGAAUAGAAUCCGAUAAUAAAAGAUUGAAACAUUUAUUAACAAAUGAAAGACAUGAAAAAGAUAUGGCAACUCAAGAUUUAAGAAAACUAACUGAUCUUACAUCACAUAUCGAUUAUGAGUCUCGACAUCGUAGUACAUCACCUAGAAUAACAGCAUCUGCUUCAAAUACAAGUAUUCACCGAUCACCUGGAAGAAGUUAUUCCCCACAUUCUGAUUCCUCUCCAACAAAAAUCUCCAUCUCACUCAAAGUUACUGAGGUUGACGAUAAUUGUGAAACUAAUCCUGACACUGAAGGUAAAUAUUAA